UUUUAAGUGAUAAAGAAAAAGAAAAGAAAAAAUGUUCUAAUGAUAACAAAGAAGAAAAAAAGAGAAAACGUUCUAUGGAAGAAAUCGAAGAAGAGAUCCUUGACAUAGAAAUUCAGAUAAAAGAAAAAAAUUAG